CCAGCGACAACACCAACACCAAACCUACCUCUCAUCAACAUCCUUCCAGAACCGCAACCAUGUCUGAGCGAAAGGUCCUAACGAAAUACUACCCCCCGGACUUCGAUCCCAGCGCGAUCACGCGGGUACCGAAACACCUCCGGAAGACAGGGCCGAAGGUGAUCACGGUGCGACUGAUGGCGCCGUUCUCAAUGAAGUGCGAGAAGUGCGGCGAAUUCAUCUACAAAGGCCGAAAAUUCAACGCGCGAAAAGAAACGACGGCCGAAAAAUACUUCUCAAUCCCCAUCUACAGAUUCUACAUCCGAUGCACGCGCUGCAGCGGGGAGAUCACGUUCGUGACGGACCCCAAGAACAUGGAUUACCGGGCGGAGCGAGGGGCGAAGCGGAACUUCGAGCCGUGGCGCGAUACCUCUCAACUGCCGAACCACGACGAGACGGAGCAGGAGACGCUGGAUCGGUUGGAGCGGGAGGAGAACGAGGAGGCGGAGCAGGAGGAGCGCGAUAAGAUGGCGGAGUUGGAGGAGAAGAUGCUGGACAGUAAGCGGGAGAUGGCGAUUGCGGAUGCGUUGGAUGAGAUACGGACUCGGAAUGCGCGGAUGGAGCGGACGGAGGCGCUUGGGGAGGAGAGCGCUUUGACGGCGUUGGAUCGCGCGAGGGAGGUGAAGGAUGAGGAGGCGCUGCGCGCGGAGAGGGAGAUUGAGGAGGCGGCGCGGCGCGCGUUCAUGACGGAGGAUGGGGAGCGGGUUAAGCGCUUGGUGGUGGAUUAUGAGGACGAUGAUCUUGGUGAUACUGGAGGCCGCAGUAGCAGCAGCACAAGCGCUCCUCCGGUUAAGAAUACCCCCUUCGAUGAGGCCACACCCUCUGCCAUGGCCGCUCCGCCGCCUUCGUUCGCCCGCGUCAAGAAAGCCAAGAAGCCCUUGGCCAAUAGCUUGGGCAUCAAGAAGAAGGCCAAGCCGUCCUUGGUGUAAACCACCCUCAUCUCAAGGCUCUUCUUGCUUGGCUCUUUCAAAAUGGCGUUCGGUUACAUCGUGAAGCAUGGGGCUUUUUCACUACGAACUUUAUGAUCACUCGCAUAUAGGUUAUUCAAGGUCUUGAACCUGUGCCGUCCAAAUCUAAUUCAUCUCAUGC